CUCAACAGCUCUUAUUUUGUAUUGGGUCCAGAGGAAUAAUUUCUGAUUUACUAAGUUGAAUCAGCUGGUUUUGGACCAAGAAUCAUCUGUCUGGGAUUCCUGCUUUUGUCAGCACACAGGACUGCUACUGGACAUGCAACCAGGGGUCUGUGUGCCCACUGCUUCUGUGCUGGGCCUGUUUUGCCGAGGCUGUCUCAGCAGGGCGCGGAGUCUGCCCGGUUGCAGCCUUAGCUGUUUGCCCAGGCAGAUGAGCAGGUGGAACAGCCGGGAGACAUGCAGCCCCCAACCUCCUCAGCAAAACCCCCGUGUCCUCAUCACGGGUGGUCUUGGGCAGUUAGGUGUGGGACUGGCACAGAUGCUGAGGAAGCAGUACGGAACAGAGAAUGUAAUCCUGUCGGACAUUAAGAAGCCUCCACCUCAUGUUUUCAGCAGUGGUCCAUUUGUAUACGCUGAUGUGUUGGACUACAAACAUCUCAGAGAACUGAUUGUAAACUAUCGUGUCACUUGGCUGGUCCAUUACAGCGCUCUGCUUAGUGCUGUGGGCGAGGCUAAUGUGGCUUUGGCACGCAAGAUCAACAUCACAGGCCUUCAUAAUGUGCUGGACUUGGCCCUGGAGAACUGCCUGCGCCUCUUUGUCCCCAGCACCAUUGGAGCAUUUGGUCCCUCUUCUCCACGUGACCCAGCCCCUGACCUCUGUGUCCAAAGACCUCGAACCAUCUACGGGGUGUCCAAAGUGCAUGGAGAACUGAUGGGGGAGUAUCUCCAUCAUAAAUAUGGUCUGGACUUCCGCUGCCUACGUUACCCAGGUGUGAUAUCAGUCAACACACCUCCUGGAGGAGGAACAACAGACUAUGCAGUUCAGAUCUUCCACGAUGCUCUCAGCACAGGUCACCAUGAGUGCUACCUGCGUCCCGAUACCCGUCUUCCCAUGAUGCAUAUUUCCGACUGCCACCGUGCCACGGUAGAGUUCAUGCAGGCGCCAGAGUGUCAGCUGUCUCUGCGCACCUACAACAUCGCCGCCAUGAGCUUCACUCCAGAAGAGGUGGCCCAAGAAAUCCGCAAGCAUCUCCCUCACCUCAAGGUCACCUACAAUCCUGACUCUGUCCGCCAGACCAUCGCAGACAGCUGGCCCGUCAGGUUCGAUGACUCCAAUGCCAGGAGAGAUUGGGGCUGGGCACCAGCUUUCGGCCUUGAGGAGCUGGUGUCGGACAUGCUGCGCUCCAUUCGGGACAAGAGGACAAACGAGGGCUUACCUGUCAGCUAGCGAAACCUGCUCCACAAAGACUGACCAAUGCCCUACCCCUGACUUUUCUUCAGCCUGCAUUUACCAACGAUACACUUCCUCUCACUUUACUUUCACAAGCUGUCAACCAGUAUCCUCUGUUACUCUGGAACAUUACAGCAAUGAGCCAGGGACUGUUUGUAAAGUAGGAAUUCUCAGUCAGAUGCUCUCAAUAUACAGUGGACAGUGAGACGUCAUACAUGCACUCAAACACACACAUUUCAGUCUUUUUUCAGGGAAUCAUACUGUCAAAUCUGUUUUUAAUUGUUAUCAUGGUAUAAACAUCACUUUACACAUGUUGCCUCAGACAGAACAGAAAAGCUUUAGAGAUUUCCAAAUGUCAUGUGAAUUGCAUCGAUGGACACAACGGUCUGUUACAAUGUCUAUGAAAAUGUCUAACACAAUAUGGACCAGUUGCACCUUUAGAGUAACAAAUCUGUUGUACACUUUGACUCCAGGAUCAUCUGGAAUGGCUGGCUCAGUCACCUCUGAACUGUAAUGACUCAUUAUGUAUUCUGGCUGUUUUAAAAGGCAGUCUUUUAUAAUAUAGUCUAUCAAGUUAUUAUUACACACUGUAUACAACCCCACUACCCUUGCUGUGGCAUCUACCAGGAAGCCUUUAUUUUGCCUUUUUGCCAGCAGUGUGAUUUUGGUUAUGAAUGAGCACCGAUAUCAAAUGAAGCCUUAUUUACUGUAGAUUACUUUGGAAAGCGAUGUAUAAAAAAUGCAGUGUACUUUGAAUCAGACCU